AGAGGAGUAUAAAAUAAGCCAACAGCCAGAAGUAGAGAGAAGAGAAAGAGGGAAUCAGCAGAUAGAAAAAGACGAGCUCAAAAACUCCUCUUUGCUUCGCAUCCUUGCUCUCCGACCGAGAGACAUCAAGCAUCCAGAACUCCUUGCUACUGCAAAGACAGUAACCUAACGAAAUGGCAGACGCAGCUGUUGCAACUCCCGCCGACAAGAAGGCACCCCCCAAGUUCAAGCAGAGGACCACCCGCACCUUCAAGAGCAAGGCCCCCAAGCCUGGCCAGAAGGGAUUCGGUGACGACAUCCCCGGCAUGGAGGGUCUUGGCACAGACAUCACGGUGGUGUGCCCAUGGGAAGCCUUUGGCGACAUGGAGCUCAGCGACCUGGCAAAAUACGGAAUUGUUUAGACUCCCUGCCCUUCCUACUUCCUUUACUACUACCACCAUUCUUUCCUUUAUCCCUACUCUCCUUCUCCUAACCCCACAUCCCUCUGGUCCAUGAUAACGAGGGAUUCCCUCAUUAUCAUGCACUUAUAAACUAACUAUCGUUGUUAUGUUACGCCAUACUGCACAAAAGACACUUAAACAGCUCGCUGUAAAAAGAAAACGUCGAGCAGGGGUGUCCAGACACCCAGACCUAAAUAGUGCACACACAGGUCAGGACACUGAUGCACAUAAGCACACACUGAUCAUAACCCACUACUAUCACACCCUGCCCUCCACCGUCUUCCCCGUAGAGAUGUGAUAGCAUGACCUGCUCAGCAAUGUGCGGCUACCAAAGUCGAAAGAAAAUGACUUAAAAUUCAAUUGAGAUAUACUAUACAUGUAUAAUCGUGUCAUUUUGCUUGGAGCGGUCUGG